CUCACGCCUUCCUGAGUGCCUGGCACCGUCUCCUCCGCCUCGGCCAAACAUGGACUUCAGGGAAAUUCUUCUGAUAGCUUCUAAAGGACAAGGUGUCAACAAUGUGCCGAAAAGGUAUAGUUUGGCAGUGGGGCCUCCAAAAAAAGACCCAAAAGUUAAAGGUGUCCAAUCAGCAGCAGUACAAGCUUUUCUUAAAAGGAAAGAAGAAGAACUCAGAAAAAAAGCCUUAGAGGAAAAAAGGAGAAAAGAAGAAUUAGUGAAAAAGCGAAUUGAGCUCAAACAUGACAAGAAAGCAAGAGCUAUGGCCAAAAGGACAAAGGAUAAUUUCCAUGGUUAUGAUGGGAUUCCUAUUGAGGAAAAGUCAAAGAAGAGGCAGGCAAUGGAAAGGCCCACCAGCCAGGGAAUAGACCCAGAGUAUGAAAUGGAAGAAGAGGACGAAUUCUAUGAAAACAAUCAAGGAGAAUCAGAACAGGAAUAUGAGGAAGAGCAAGAACCUCCCAAAGUUGAAAGCAAACCAAAGGUUCCCCCCCUUAAAAGUGCCCCACCACCCAUGAACUUCACUGAUCUACUGAGGCUGGCUGAGAAAAAGCAGUUUGAACCAGUGGAGAUCAAGGUAGUGAAGAAAGCAGAAGAGCGGCCUAUGACUGCAGAAGAACUUAGGGAGAGAGAAUUCCUUGAACGAAAGCAUAGGAAAAAAAAGGUUGAGACAGACACAAAACUACCUCCAACUGUGUCUAAAAAGGCACCCUCUCAGAAAGAAAGCAUGGGCACCAAACUUAGCAAAGUUUCUGGAGACAAGCAUCCUUCUUCCAAGGGAAUGCCCCUUCCUCAUGCUGAGAAGAAAUCCAGACUCAGCAUUGGCAAUGAGAAACACUUAGCUUUGUCUUCAUCCAAAUACAUGCCAGGAGAGAGGACCAAGGCAGGAUCUGGCAAUAGCUCCCAACCCUCACUUCACGAGGGCCAUAACAGACCUGUUUUCAAUGGGGCUGGAAAGGCCCAUUCUAGCACCUAUUCAUCAAGUGUCCCAAAGACUUCUGCUAGUGGGAUGCAGAAAUCUGUUACUGAACACAAAGCCAAAAAAUCUCUUUCCCAUCCUAGCCAUUCCAGGCCCGUAAUCACUCCACACAAUAAGAUUAAGAGUCCAGGUGUCAGGCAGCCAGGCAGCAGCUCUAACUCAGCCUCUGGUCGGCUCAGCCCAGCAACUGCUCAUCCCACUGUUAGUUCUGGCCCUAUGCCCAGGCGGCAGAAUGGCAGCUCCAGCUUAGGACCUGAGCGAUCCCUCAGCGGGACCAAAAAGCCAUUCAGUGACUCAAAUCCCUCUGGUCGGACAGUCAGUGCUGCUAGUGGCCCUGGGCGACCUACAAGCAGCUCAGGUGGCCUGAGGCGGUCUACAAGCAGCUUAAGUAGCCCUGGGCGACCCGUCGGUGGUUCAGGUAGUUCUGUGAGAUCUGUGUGCAGCUCUGGAGGCCCUGGGCGGCCUGUGAGCAGUCCACAUGACCUUCAAAGACCAGUGAGUGGCUCAGGCCCUCUUGGGCGGUCAGUCAAUGGCCCUGGGCGAUCUGUAAGUGGCUCAGUUCCAGCUGGACGGACUAUUGAUAGUUCAGGCCCUGGAAGACCAGUGAGCAGCUUGGGACCUGGACGAACAGCUGGUAACUCAGGUCCCCUCAUAAAGCCCAAGUGCACUGUUGUCUCAGAAACAAUUUCUUCCAAGAAUAUCAUUAGCAGGUCUAGCAAUGGACAGAUGAAUGGAAUGAAGCCUCCCCUAUCUGGCUACAGAACUGUCCAAGGUCCUCAAAGGCUUUCCUUCCCCACCGGUUACAAAAGGCAUCGAGAAUAUGAAGAGGAAGAUGAUGAUGAAUACGACUCUGACAUGGAAGAUUUUAUCGAAGAUGAAGGAGAAUCUCAGGAAGAAAUAUCCAAGCACAUUCGAGAAAUCUUUGGCUAUGACCGAAAAAAAUACAAAGAUGAAAGUGACUAUGCCUUACGUUACAUGGAGAGUAGUUGGAAAGAGCAGCAGAAGGAAGAAGCAAAGAGUUUACGACUAGGUAUGCAAGAGGACUUAGAGGAAAUGAGACGUGAAGAAGAAGAAAUGCAACGUCGAAAGGCCAAGAAACUCAAGAGGUUUUAGCUGCUGCUUUUGUUUUUGUGAAAUUCCAGAGACCUUUUGCUGCAAGAAUUUCCUUCCUUCAGGCUUGAAGAUGCCCCCUUACCAUUGUAGAUUUAUACUUGGGUACUCAAGGAGAAGGCAUGCAGACUAUUAUUUGCAGGCUGUCAUUUGAGCAUGAAGUAUUUUCAAAUAUUUUCCAGGGUGAAAUCUGUAAUGCAGAUGAUACAAGGCCCACCGUGCUCUUAUGAAGUUGAUUAUUCACAGAUGCCAACCUUGAUCCUAAUGAGCUAUGCACUCUAAUAUGGGACUGCUCACCAGUCAACCAAUCUUUUGUUGUUCAUUUACUCUUUGAAAGGAGAAAAAAGAUCGUCCCUUGACUAAUAUAAUUCUAAUAUGUGAGUAGGGCAUACUGCCUGGCUCCCAAACUUUUUAUGAGGAACCUGGCCCUCCCAUGAAUGUUGCCGGCAAAGUGACUUGUCCCGA